AAAAAAAUGAAUGACUAAUGCUCCUCUUUCUCCCUCCUCUCCUCCACCACGCCCCCUCCUCCCCUCCCCUCCUCUUCCUCUCUCUCUCUCUCUUCCUCAUCACUAGUCUCUACCUGCAUCCUCAUCUGAGCACACAGUCCUCGUCCGUCCUCCCUGUCAUCACAUGGAAGAAACCACAGCUUUCCCUGGAGCUGCUGCUGCUGCUGAGCGGCUCUUCCCUCUGUAGCCACGCCGCUGUAGGAGCCUGCAAAGCGGGGAAGGAGCGUCGCAGGGGGGCCGGCGGUUGGUGUCGCGGAUCUCCGGAGCUCCUGCAGCAGCGUCUCCUCCCCUCAUGCUGCAUGCUGCGGACCUACAGAUACAUGCACAGGCAUAUACACCAUCUGCUCCUCUUCAUGUGUGAUUCCUGCAGGAGGCGAAUUAUUUCAGUUUGAGCUGCAGAAAGGAAGGAUGAGUCAAAGAAGAGGACAAGGAGGAUUUCUCACCAUGUUUCUUUUCUUGAGUCUCAUGUGGACACAGCUGCUGAUCACAGGUAAGCGUCUGCUGUGUGUUUACACGACCCAUAUACUCUAGCAGCAAUGAAAACCAGAGUAUAAGCUUAUUUUAGUCAUUUAACACCUUUAUCUUCCAUCUAGCUUGUUGAAAUACUCCCAAACAUCUUUUUUUUUUAAUGCAGCAUGUUCACGCUUGCAACCUAAACAGGCUCCCGUGAGAAAUGAACAAUUAAACAUUUAAAACUCCUAAAUAGUGAUGCAUGUAUUGAUAUUUGAUGUAUUUUUGAUUCAUGCUGAGACAAUUAAUGUUAAAUCUAUCUGAAAUCUGUUAAUUUUCACUCACUAAAAUCCCAAUGGAGGAGUAUUACCAUUAGAUCAAGAAUAUGAUUUAUACUCACGUAAUAAUUUACAAUAGGAGAUACAAAAACAAAGGUCACAUUGUAGGGCCUCAUUGCAGAGUCAUUGAAAAUACUGAAUUUUUGUAAACCUGAGCAGCUGUAUUGUUCUCAAAAGGAUCAUUAAGUGAUAUUGUAAGAAUGUUGGCAAUAAAAUAGCUUCAUAUUGUUCAAUCAUUAAUAUUGGCGUCUAUAAAGGUUGAAUUGACCAGAACGUCCAAUUUAAUUCAUAAUUCUGUGUAGGGAAGGAUUAAUCUGUCAUGUUUAAGGAGCUGAAAUCAUGUAUGUGAGGGAACUGUUUGGAUUUAAAGAUGAAUUUGAUGCUCUUCCUUUCAGCCGUGGACAGGGAUGAUUCACUAAACUAAAAUAUGGAUCAGUUUCAGCUGAAAUGUCUGCAGUGGUAUCUCCAUAAAUGGGUCAGACAGUCCUGACUCUCCACUGUUUUCUUCAAUGGAGUCUGUUGACUUCAAAGUGAAAGACCACAGCUGUCUGGAAAUAGAUUCUUGCUUUCAAAAGAGAAAAACUAUCUAUAAUAUUAUCUCCUAGAAACAGGAGUCGCUGGUCUACCACUGCAUGGAUUCGUAAUCGUGCCACGGUGAACAACCAGUUAAACCUACACUGAGCAGAAUUAAACAAACUGGUAGCCCACCAUCUUGGUGUGUUGGUGAUUGGCCCUCAUCAUGCUGUGAUUGCUUGAUUGUUCACCUACUUCCACAGUCGUGUAAAUAUACUUCCACAAAGACUCUGCAGCCUUUCUGCAGUUCUGCUCACACCUGUCAUCGACAUCUUUAGAAGUUCGCAGAGAACCUUGUAGGAACUCAUUUUCACUGCGUCAGAUGGAGUGAUCUACAAACAGACCCUGGGGUGGUUUUACGCCAUCUGAGCAACAGACGGCUAUAAGACAUCUAGUUUUUUUAGACCUAAUUUCAACCAACUAGAUUCUGUAUUCUUUUAGACGGAAUUUAGACAUUGCACCUUAACUGAUUAUUCGAUAACUACCCACUGAGCAUUUUUUGGUCUAAAAGAGGUCUAAUAGACGUCUAAAUGUAGCCUAGAUGACUGGUCUAAAAUCAGGCUACUGCAAGUCUAAAAAUGAAAGUUUUUUAGACGUCUAAAUUUAGACCAAGUCUAAAUCUGGGCUUUAUCUAUACUACACUGUUUAUUGCACAAUGGCUAUCACAGUUGCUUUUUGAAAUAAAUGGUUAUCAAAUAAUGGGUUAAAGUGCAACGUCUAAAAUCCAUCCAAAAAUAUACAGAAUCAAGACGGUUGAAACUAGGUCUAAAAAAAAAACUGGACGUCUAAUAGCCGUCUAUUUCUCAGUGGGUAUUUAUUUCAAAAACCAACUGUGAGUUGCAUAACUGAUCUCCUAAGAACUUAACCAAAAUAAUUAUGAUAGCCGUUGAGCAAAAUACAGUGUAGUAUAGAUAUAGCCCAGAUUUAGACUUGGUCUAAACUCGGUCUCAAUUUAGACAUCUAAAAAACUUUUAUUUUUAGAUCUGUGGUAGCCUGAUUUUAGACCAGUCGUCUAGGCUACAUUUAGACGUCUGUUAGGCCCCUUUUAAAAUGCUCAGCGGGUUGUCUGUCUUCUCUUGAAAGUGUGAAAAGGCCUACAUAUGUCAACAACAACUGUUGUUAAAGUUUGUCAGCGAUUUUCCAAAUGUUUGUAGUUGAACAGGCUACGAAAAGCUACAAAUAAACCUCAAAAAAUAACAAAAAUUAGUUUUUAUUUUCAAAAUGCAAUCAGAAGUUAUUUUUUUCAAAAGAAGAGGUGAUUCUGAUACAGAUAUUUGACAUACUUUGUUAAUUUGAAUGAAGAACAAAUGAAGAUUAAACUGAAACUUAAACUAACUCUCAGCCUGAGCAGCCUUUUUAGGACAAAACUGUUCCUAAAUACAGAAACACUGAGUCAAAAUAUCAGAGUAAUGGAUGUUCCUCAGCUACUAACCAGAAGACUUUCAUUUCUACAACGUGUGAUGAGGAGUGUGUCUCCCUAUAGUCCCCAUCUCCUCCUGUGAUUGGCUGACAGCUCCCAUGGAGGCCUGGCAGGGCUGACUCUUCUGUCCAAUCAGGGCGCGGCUCAGCUGAGUUUCGUGCAUAGCAACCAGGACGCUGUCGCCAGGGAAAAAAGAAGCCAUAGAGAGGAGCUGUGUCAGCUUUCUCAGAGGGCUGAUUCAGUCUGUUCAAAACUCCUUAAACUGCUCUUUUCUGGCUUUUUUUAAUCCAACAAAGCAAAAAUAAAUCACAUUGUUGUGUUCUUUAUAAACAGCUGACUGUACGCUGCCUUUAAAAUAAUUUAUGACCUCCAAAAAAUACCAACAAAAGAUCCAGACACCUCUAAAUCGUCUAAAUCACACUUUCUGUGGAUUAUAUAACAGAUUUCUGGCACAGAAACAGUCAAGACAAACAGUUGUGUCUCUGGCAGGCAGACAGGCAGGCAGACAGGAGUCAGAGGAUGCUGUCAGGAAUUUUCUCGUCUUUAUUUCAGCAAAAUUUUUCUGCCAGAAAACACAGCUGACUCCAACAGACGCCUGGACCGGUGCUGUGUCAGCUCUGCCAGCAUCAGCUCUGCAUCAGUCUCCACUUUAAUCGCUUUCUGGACUGCUUACAGGUUUUCUUUUACCCUAAUGAACACCUGCUGCAUCUUUGGCGAACUGUUCAGCCACUCAUAAUAAAGAAAAUUAGAUAAAAGUGGAUAAUUUCUAAUCACAAGAUAAGGAACGUGCCAUGUGAGAUCGCUAGCUUUCCAAGGAUAGAACUCCAUCUUCUUUUAGAGACUGUUUGGAUCUGAUCCCUCAGAAAUUAAGAGAAUCUGUGAUGAUUUAUGUAUUAAUUUUAUUUAAAAAACAGUCAAUUCUGUUAUUGGAGGGCUAUGUUGACCAAUCAGAGGCUGUAUCUAUGAUUAGCUGACCUUUAAUGGUCCAGUUACAAACCAGUCUACUCACAGUAUAGAAGUAGGUAAUGUGAUAAUCAUCAUAAUAAUCAUUUUGAACUGCAGACGCUGUAGUUCUUCUGUCUUAGCGUCUCAGUCUGAUUGCAUUUCCAUGAAGAAAUGAUCAUAAAUGUUCUCCCUUGAGCUGCGUAACCCUGCAGCAGUCCAUUAUGGACUGGGGUGAGGUCUCGCUACAAUCAAACGGCUGCUGGAAGAGAGUGGGUGAGUUGUGUUUAGUCUCUUUGCGAAAGAAAUUAGGCAAAGUUAAAAAGAUGUUUGGUGGCUAGUACUAUGUCUGGGACCCUAUAUGUCCUGUUGAUGAAGUUAGGUGCUGUUCUGAGCAUUAUUUGUGGCUAUAGAGUGGCGUUUUGGUUUAGGUUUGUUUAUGGCUCCUCAGACUGCUGUGUAUUGCUAUCAUGUGGUCGUUACUAAAGUUGGUAUAACUAGAGAAGUAAGCGGUCAGCAACAUUCAUCUUUUGAGGUGGUGUCUAACUCGCUGUUACGGUGUGUUUAACCCUAAAUAAAUUUUACGCCAGAAUAUCCCUUUAAUCAGAGGGGAAGAGUUGGUAAUUUAACAAUGUCCAGUUCUUGCACAGAUGUGUAGCUCUUUCUUCUACCAUCUGUUUGUCCUCUCUUUCUAGGCUAACAAAAUAAUAGCCGCAUAAUGCCAGUUCUGAACUGAGAUGGUGAUCAGCAGAAUCAGAGUUGGUCUCGUUUGGGUUUAAGAUGCUUCAUUUUGCUAAUUAUUCUCUUUGCUUUCUUAAAUAUCGACUUGAUUAACUCAGAUCUCAAUCUUAAAUCAGUCCUGAAUCUGAAAAUUUGAUAUUCUCAAGAAUAUUUCCCCUCUAUGGACACAAACAAACACUGAAACUCGACAAACCCAGGUCCAUCUGCUGUGGCUUCUGGUCUGAAUGGUCUUUAAAUAGACUGGAGGCUCUAUCUCAGGCUCUUUCAGCUCACAGCAUGAACGUCUGUAGAUGUGACGGUGAAGCCGGAUGCCGCCCUGCUAAGCGCUUUGCUCAGUUGAUUUUUUUUCCUCUAAGGAUAAAUAAAGACCCAGGAUGAAUAAUGCAGCAUUCGUCUUCAUCACGGCUGGGUGGGUUCAGUCGUUGUGCAGGGGUUUCCUCUCAGCCUGAUGAAAGCUUCGCUCUGACCGAAGACGCUGUGACAGAAGAGACACAAACAGAUGGGAUCUCCUGCUUUCAUCUCCUGCUGCUCGCUCUGACUGUGAGGGAGUCCUGCUGAAAGCGCCACGACGAAGCACUCCACUUUGAAAAGAUUAAAGGAACGAGCACAUCCUCUCUCUCUCUUUCUCAAGUCUUUAAAGUCGAGAAGUGACUGUCGGGAGAUAAAUCCCUCCACAGAGCUUCUUAUCUGAAGUGUGCAGAGGGUUCGGGCGGUGUUUUCACCUUUGAAUAUCCAAAAAAACUGAGACAAUCUGGAGGGCAUGGACUGAACACUGCUCUGUUAGCUUUAAAAGUAACUUUGAGUGCAUAAAAAGAUGGAUGACAUGUCUCCAACUUGUCCUCACAUACAAAAGUGACACCAAAACAUCCCCUGCAAGUAUAAAAUCAAGGCCUGUGUGGUAGGAACUGAUCGCUGGUUUAGUCAUAUCUUUAUUUGUGUCUGAUUUUGAUAGCUGAUAACUAAACCCCACAUUUUUCUUCUUCUUCUUCUUCAGAAUCGUCAUCUGGUGACCACGAGCUCCAUCUCUUCCCCUCCCGUCGCUCAAGCCGUCUUCCUCCACCUAUACAUUCUCAGUAUGGCUCAAACUACCACCAUGAGGAGGACCGUCCUCCAGAGUCCCGCCCCCACCACCUGCACCUCCACCUUCACCAUCGCCUUCAUCACCAGCACCACGCCAGGAUAGCCAAAGUGAUGCCGGCCGCCCUCCUAGAGUCCCGCUUUCGUCAGGAGCACGCCGAGCAGCGGAGCCUUAACCUGCUGGCAAGGCCGCAUCAUGAGGUGCAGCCGGAGCACGCCGUGGUGUCGGCACGCCAUCUGGUUACCGUGGUGAGUAAACUGUCACCUAAGGGGUUAAUAGUUGAGGGAAGCUUGGAUUAAAACAUUUGCCACGGUUUUGUUUGUUUAAAACAAAAUCUGAAGAUGUUUUAAGUUUGUUUUAGCGUGCUGUACACUUCCUGUUUGUAUACUUAGUCCAGUUUGCGCAGCCCGUGCCAUUCUUGUUAAAAAUCGUAAAUUGAGAAUGGCAGUUUGCGUUUGUAUUUAUCAAUACAGUGGCUCUAAAGGUCAACUGCAAAAACACAUCUCGGUGGUUGGCAGAACAUUUUUAUUUAUUUUACAUUUCAAGGAUAUAAAACUAUUUUUUUUCUCUCAAAUUAGAAAACAUUUUCAUGGGAUACCAAAACAUAUUGGCAAAAAAAAAAUUCUUGCAUAUAAAAACAUUUCUCAUGAAGUUUGCCUACAAAACCAAACACAUUUCAUUAUAUAUGUUUCACUAAAAUAUUUCAUGAUAGAAAUAAAUUUAUUGUAGAACUUUUUUUUCACUAAAAUAUUAAAAUAUAUUAAUGAAUUUGUAUAUUUUAAUACUAAAAAUAUUUUGGGUAAUGUAAAAAAAGUCACAAUAAAGUAAUGUCAUUAAAAAACACUUCGGCAAAAUGGAAAAAUAUUUUGCAGUAUUUUAUGAAAAACAAAAUUUUUUAGAAAAACGAAUGUAAUCCAUAAAAUGCAGGAAACAUAUUUUAAUAAAAAAAAAAAUCAAUUUAUUUAAUGGAUUACGAAGGAAAAAAAAUAUCGGAAAAUCGUUCUUCAAAAAAACAAACAAACAAAAAAAAAUAACAUGAAAAACAGCCCAGUCAAUGCAAUCAAAUUUAACAGACCCAAAAUAUCCUUAAAACUUAAAAAAAAAAAAAUUGGCAAUUUUUUUUAGAAUUUUAAAAAAAUAUAUUUUUGGGAAAAAUUUUAACUGUUUUUACAUGUGAUAAUUUAUUCUAGUGAAUAAUCGUGUAUUUUUGGGGGGCAGAAACCUCUUUGCAGUGGACCUUUAGGGCCACCGUACAUUGAUAAGGUUACUCAGUAUUUGAAGCUUUAAGGAAUAAACAUGUUUUAGAUGUAGCAUCUCAUGUUCCCGUGUUUCAAACAGAGUGCUGUCUGAAGUCACUGAAGUGUUGAGGUUUGUUUUUACUGUAUGAUUGUCAUUAGACAUCUUUAACACCUGAUAUGAAUGUCUGUGUCUCAGACGUCUGUUUGACAACCUGCUAAACUGCAGCCACAGCUGAUCUGAAGGUUUGCAGAUGAGAAAUUUCCAGAAGCUGGCGUGUGUCAGCCCGCCCCUUUCUCCCUCCUCGACUCUCAGAUAUGAAGGUUUGAUUAAAUCAGGUGCUCUCCGUCCUCGCUGAGGUUACAGGAGGCUGAUACAGAGGGGUCAGAGGUCAGAGCAAACAGACAUUUACUGAAUGAUGGAUGAGGAGCUGGCAGACUCUUUUGUUGCCACAGUGCCGCUGCUGCUGGAGGGAUGCUGCACUCUCUGUUGCCAUGGAAACACCGAUCAUGAGUAUGUGUGAGAGAGACCCACUUACCUACACAAUGGAUGCUUACAUAACCAAAAAAAAACAGCAGAGACCUUCACAGUGACAUUGAGACAGAGACGCAGACAGUCAGGUGUGCCCGGGUUAAUAAUGAGACAGACAAGAGGUUCAAAAGGACAAUACACACUUCUUACGGCAGUGUCAGUCAGUCUGUCACGGUCACCAGAAGAUAAAAUACAACUAAUGGAGAUGAUCUUCAGAUGUUUAUAGCCACACAAAGAGCUUAAAAUUUGUCAGUUUUGAGGCGAUACCUCCUCAGCUGUCACAUGAAUCACUAUGAGAGGCAUUAAAGUCGUUCAUGCUCUCCUGAGGAUGAAGUUUGGUGACUUAAUUGACUGUCUGGUGGCAGUUCGAACCUCUGUGAUUGCUCACCAACUUCCUGAGAAUCCCAGCAGUCAGCCACAUUGUUGACAGUACAAUUAAUAACUUUAACGACUGCGUUUGGAUCUAAUGUGAAACAAAACUAAUACUUCUGUCUGUAUCUAUGUAUUUCUGGUGAGUCUCAGUUUCACUGUAAACAGUCAGUUCUUCAGAGGCUCCUUGUCAUUAACAGGUCUUCUGUUUGCUGAAAUAACAUCACGAUGCAGAUGGGUAAACAAUCAAGUUUCAUCAAGUUUGUCCUGAGAAGAAAACAACUUUUUAGUUUUUGGCCUAAAUCAUCUCUAAAUCAUUUCAAGAGGUGAUUCCGGUCAAAAAGUCAUUUUCGUCAAAAAAUGACUGGCCAUUAUUUUAAUAGAAUGACGAAAUGUUAGUUUGUUGAAUGGAGGUCACAUCCAUUCUUGAUGAUGCAUUCAGGAAAGUCAGGAAAUCUAGAUGCUGAUUGUCUUUAGUGACUCAGCAUGAAAAGGUUUAGUGCCCCAAUUUUCACAGCAUCUGGAACGGCUCUAUUCCGGAGCGGCAGCGAUUUUCGCUGUACACCAAUUCCUACCAGAUCCAUUUGUGAGGCGAAUUUCGUGGCGGAUUAAAUGAAAGGGUUAAAUGCUGUCUAUAAACCUUUCACUUGUUAGUCUCCACCCGUUUGCAUGAUGUGAAAUACGAUCCGCCUAAAACACGGGGUGUUUUAUUUUGAAAAGAUGCCGGAUGUUUUAUUUUGAGACUGUGCCCAACUGCCUUUCCAGCAUGAGUUAAUCUGUGCUGAAUUUAUCCGGCAUGCUCCAGCGUCCAGAAAAAAAUAGAACUCUUGCGAUCAGCUGCGGAACAGAAAGAAGCCGGUGGAAAUUGACACCUUAACUUGAAUGGUUACAAUCGGCAGAUACAGCCUCUUCGUAACCGUUCCGUAUGCGGUUGAAAUUGGGGGUUAGACUACUACCCUGUGAAAUGAUCAUUUACUAUUAUGCUAAAAAUGGAAUAUUCUGUGUUUUUAUUUCGUCCCUUGAGAGGCUCCUGAAGUAACUGGUAGCACAUUCAGGUUACCCGAUUAUGGAUGAUGUUUUUACUAUUCCUUUAAAUUUAGACUCCAUAUUAAUUUUUCAUCGCCCUCUUAGAGAGUGUGCGUGUGUGGAGUGAGUGUUUUAUUUAUCAGACACAGUGCAGAGUAACUUUAAUCCAACUCCAGGAACCCCAGUGCCCAGUCUGCUCUGAACAACUGAACCACAAACAAAUAAACAAACAAACAAACAAACAGGAAGUAACCAUCUGCAGAACUCCUUUCACUGUCUGCUGGUUUCCAAAGGAGGUUUCUCCAGAUUUCCUCUCCUCCUACUGUGCAUCUGUGGCGUCAAAACCUCUGACUGCUUUUGCAAAGGACUGUGGGAGUAUUGGCAUUGUAACUAAGGAGCUAAAACAUGCAGAUAUUCAGUUUAAAAAUAAAUAUGCAACAUUUCUCUAUAAAUAUUAACCAACAGUGAAUCACGCUGUAUGUCUCACUGCAUCAUUACCACGGUGAUGCUUCAGUUUCUUGAUGAUAACUGAUUUAAUCUUAAUGUUUUGGUCGUAAAGACGGAAGUUUUACAGUACAACUGAGACUCACUGGGAAAAAAAAAGAGUGAUUUAUGACUCUUAGCUAAUAUUUAGAGAUUUGAAUCGGCUUACAGUUCUCACAACUCCAUGAUUUGACUUUUUUAUUCGCCCUCUUCAUCCUCUUUUUCUCCUUUCUGCUUUUAUCAAUGAGAAACAGCUCUGAGGCUAAACGCCGCAUUACAUAACCCUCCUCUGUGUUAAUUGACUUCCUGGAAAAGUGGUCACAUGACCUGUCCCCGCAGGCUGCUGCCGUUCCAUCAAAUCACUGUGACAACCAGUGGCGGACGGACGGACAGAAUAAAGACGUUUGGUGGCAGAAAUCAGCCUGAGAGGAAAAAAAAAGCAAAUUCAUGAAUAAACAUAUAAAAACUGUUUGCAUUCGAAAGAUAUGAAGUCAAAAUAAAAUACCGAACCUUUCCAACAUCUGUAUCAAAGUCUGAAGGGUGCAAAUGUUGUUGUCCUCUCCAGCCACGUGGCAAUAACAUGUAAAUGAGGCCAAAAUAAGCUUUCUAUAAAUAGACACUGUGGUGUCCUGCCAGAAAAAUAACAAAAGUGAGAAUCUUGUGCCUUUAAAAGCUCGAUAAUAUUCAUAUUUAUGGAGUCAGAUUUUAACUUGACAGAGAAGCUGGUUGCACCACCUUUCCUCUGUUUCCUCUUUAGCUUGAGAAACUCUUUAACCUCUUAAAGUCUCUUUCCUUCUUUUGGUUUCUCACCCCAUGAGCUCUAAACUGCUCUGAGAAGAACUUAUCUUUACAAAAAUGUAGUUUUUUUGGGAAAAAUUAUUAUAAUCAAGUCACUAGAAGUACAACAGAGCAUUAGGGCCACAUUAAGAAAAGAAAAAAAUUUAGACUUCGGAAUUACAAGAAUAAAGUCGUAAUUAAAUCAUUAUUCACGAGAAUAAAGCCGUCAAGUAAAUAAAGUCUUAAAGCUGCUUUUGUGGAGGAGGAAAUGAAACGUCAUCGUCCACGAAAACAACACUGCAGAAUAUAUGUUUAUCGUUUGACUGACGAAAUGCUCAUGAAUUUUGCAACUCUGUUUGUCGUCCACCACUAACGUUUUUGUCUAGUCUCAUCUUGUCAACGUAAACACACAUUCGUCUCGUCACAUUUUAGUCAUAUAAGACUUAUGUUUAGCUACAGAAAAUAUUUCGGCAACAGAAACAACACUGAUUCAGAGGCUUUUUAUGGUUUCUCAAGAAACAAUCCAACUGAUGAACAUUUGCGACUCAGAGGGAGUUGAGCUCCGACGAGCACCGCGUCUGUCUCUGACCUACUCCUGCAGAGGCACCAACACCUUAUGGAAAAUAGAUUCAUACGAUCAACUAAAACCAUAUGCUGUUGCUAUAAACGGCUGCAUUGAGGGAAUUAGCCUCUGCACAGACAUUUCCCACCAUUUCCCCCUCCUCAAAAACAGCGAUUCUCUACAAGUCCGCCUGGUUCUUUCUGCGGAAAAGAUGCAUUUCUUGCAUAUGUCAUGAUACUUAUGACAAUGUGAUGCUGAAACGCCAAACGAUUUAGUAUCUCCUUGUUUGUGAAACCACACUACUGAAGUUCAAUUCAUCUAAAUGCUCCACAGCGCUCAUUUAAACAACUAACAACAGGUUAGAAUAGCUAUUAGCUACGACUUUAUUUUAGUAAGUAAUUCCGAGGUCUAAUUUUUUUUCUUUUCUUAAUGUGGCCCUAGUACUCUGUCCUACUAGAAGCAACUUUUUCCACAAGUUAGUGUUUUAAAAAUAUGGCCACUGGUGUUCAAAGAUUAUUCUGAGAGUGGAGCAAAGUUUGGUGCUUAAGUCCCAGUAAGAAAAAAAGCGAUUAUGUUAAAAAGGACAAUACAAGUGUUAUGAAUUAUUGGCAGAAUGUGUUUUAGCCAAUUGCAUUUACUGUGGCUCUUCAACAAGUAAUGAUGCUCCUCUGCAGGAUUUGCUGUCAUCCUCAAUUAGCCAUUUUAAGACCUCAGAAGCAUUAAAGCGAAAUGUAUAUAAAUAAUUACCACCACAAAUUGUGUGCGCCCUCAAAUUCCCCUCCUAAAAUAACUACCCAAUCUGCAAAUAUCAUAUACAGCUAUAACGUUGCAUUUUUCCAGAGUCAGUCUAUGAAUAUAAUUUAAGAGAGGGAAGCAUGUCGAGAUGGGAGCUGAGAGGCAGGGAGGUUGUGUAAGUCCCAGAUGGAGCCCAGUCACCUCCCAUCUCUGCAUCACACCACAUGCCUGCAAGACACCACAGUGUGUGUCUGUGCACGCAUAUGUGUGUGUGUGUGUGAGUGUUUGUGUGUUUGGCCUUUGCUCCCCUGCGAGCUCCUCUCAGCACGUGCAGGCUGGUUGUCACACAAACUCGGAUGUGGUCGAGCUUGUUUGUCGGAGCGGAAAAAAAAAGAGAAGUGGAAACAUGAAGCUUCCGAAUUAUAACAUAUAAACCACACGAUUACACAAAGGUGCUAGCUGGCAGAGGUAGACCAACAAUUUUGCAUUUAAGGUUAAAUCACCAUUGUGUCAGGUGGCUUUUGGCAGAACAGUCCAAACUCCCUUUAAAAAACUAGUAAUUCCAACUUGAACACAGGAGUUGUUGGGUGACCUCUGCCUUCAUAUGAGUGACUGUGCAUUACACAAUUUACAGUUUUGGAUUCAAACAAACAGUUUUAAACGAAGAUGGCAUGGGAAAACUUGUUGGUUAAGGUGGGGGUCGACCAACAACUUUUGCAUCUGAGGUUAAAUUACCUUUUGUGUCAGGUGGCUUUGGAAAGAGUGGCAGAACAGUCCAAAGUCCCUUGCACAAAACUAGUAUAUCUAUCUUGAACACAGGAGUUGUUGGUUGACCUCUGCCUUCAUAUGAGUGACUGUUUGUUACACAAUUUAUAGUUUUGGAUUCAAACAAACGGUUUUAAAUGAAGAUGGCAGACAAACAACUGAUAUUAAAAGCAAAAUUACUACUUUUGUAAUUGACACAAAGCAGAGAAAGUUGGUUUUUAUAGACAGCGUUCAAUCGGCUAAAAUUAUCUCUGAAUGUUUCGUUUGUACCUGAUAAUCCGUUAAUGCGGCAACAAAACCCAGUUUUUAAAAAUGCAAAAUCAAUUCACUGCGGGCGGGGUCAGUGUGUUCAAGUUUAGAUUUCAGCCUACACACUGGAGAGUGUAAGUGUGUGUGUGUGUGUGUGUGUGUGUGUUGAAAACUGCUCAAUAAUUCAUGUCAGCAGUGUGUGUUACAUCUGCUUGUAAAGGGAACUUUGACGCCACUUCAAACCCACGGAGAGACACAUGAUUCAUCCUGGAGUCUGUGAGCUCUGAACCUUUUUCUGUUUCUGUUUAAACUCGUUUCAUGAGCGUUAACGUCCAGGGCAGAAUGAUUCUGGAAAUGAUAUAUUCCCAUCAUGAUGACCGAAACAAACAAAAACAAAAUUGUUUAUAAAGAAUAAAGAAAAAACUUGACCCUUGAUUGUAAAAGUUGCAAACCACAACUUCUCUCUUAUGCAGCAUUACAUUGCAUGUUGGUUCCUCCUUCCUCCAUGAUGUGAAACAUGCAAGUUAAACCCAGCCAAGAUACAGGCAUGUUUUUGCAUUGUUUGUAAAACACUUAAAUAGCCUGUACCUUACUCAGUGCAUAAUGCAAGGGGAUUUGGGGCGUGUCUGUUGAUUGUUGCUAGUUUAUCGGUGCACAAUCUGGGUGAUAAAUGAGGUGCAAGGCGCAAAAAAGCAGGAUUAAGUUCCUUGAUUAUUCAGAGGUGUGUUAUGAGUGUAAAAUACAUCAAGAGUCAGGUGCACCUGCAGGAAGGGGUGUUGCUUUUCCCACAGUGGAUUUCAGCCUCUCUCUGUAAAUACUUGGAGUAUUUAACCUUUGCUGUGUUUGUACUGUGUGGAUACUCUGCCACUUAAUUACAGCAGUUUUGCUCAAGGAGUUGUUUAAAGAAAAUCACUUUAGUUAUUUGUGUCUGUGUGUUAGAUCCAAGUCUAAAAGAGAGUGCCCAUGGUGGAGAGUGCACAUGAUGGAGAGCUUGCUGACAGUCUUGGUCUGCAAAGUCGAGGUGAAUCAGGUGUUGCAGGAAAAAAGGGAUGAGGGUGUUCUCAUCUUUUGGCAUCCCUAGAUCGGCACCAAACUGUGUCAUAGUCGUGACAUAUCCAAGGCUGCUGUGAGCAGGGCUGGGCAAUAUGGCCUCAAAUCAAUAUCACGUGAUAUUGAGCAGUUCACCUAAUAACGAUAAAUGGACGAUAACUACUCCACAAGUUGCUCACCCCCUCCCACAUUAACUUCGUCUACUUCAGCCGCUACAACUUUUGAACCGUCCUCCAUCUCCUCUCUUGUCUUUCCCUCUUUGUCACAGACUGGAUGGGGCGGAGUCACGUCUCUGACGUAGGACAGUGUCUUAAAGAGACAUGAGACCAUAGCCUACCUACACACAUCCAAAACCCAACUUUUAUUUUUGUAGUUUUUUGACACAGAAUAUAGUGACAUGGGGGAAAUGACGUUGAUUAUUGUCGUAAAUUUCAGUAUCAAUGAAUUUUCGGUUUAUCCCCCAGCCCUAGCUGUAAGUCUAUAUAUAUAUAUACACACCAGUAUUUUCUUUAAAGUGGGAUUGCUGCUGUCUGUCUUUGUAUUAGUAUAUGAAGCAGAGACUCUUAUCCCUGUCUUACUGUUUAGCUAAUACACCCUCUAAUUAUCAAAAAAUUACUACCCUCUGACUUCAGACAUGAGGCCAGGUUUUUAUUGGUAUAAGCAUCACACUACUUUUACACCGAGUCAGGUCAAGGAUAGCACCUUAUGCCAAGUGCAAAAUGGGGUCCAUUAUGGCUCGGAUACACUGAUGUCCACUAUCAAAGAUGCGGGAGGACAGUGAUUUGAUCGAUUGUUCAUCUAUAAUAUGAAGAGUUUGAGUUAUAACCUCUGUAGUGCUCACAAAGACAGCCUCUGGACGCUGUAGCCGAGUCAUUUGAAUAGUGGUUCGCUGUGAGGAGAACUGCGAUUUAAAUUCAAUAUUAAUUCAGUAAAAUUUUCCACUCAGCCAUUAAAAAAAGGAAAAAGUCCCUCUGUCGGAUUCGUUAUUCCUCUCUGCUCUGAACCGGAGCCAUUUCUUCUCAAAGGAACCAACACAAGCGUGAAUAAUCAUCUAACCUCACAUCAACCCACUCAUUCAGCUGCGUGUGUGUGUGUGCGUACUGUAUGCAUGUGUGUGUGUUUAUGUGUGUGCGCGUGUGCGUGAUCUCAUUGAGCUGGAUGUUGCACGUGGCGCUCACGUUUUAGCCGUCAGCGGUCAGAGGAGAAGCUGCAGAGCGAGCGCGCUGCAGAAAAAUGACUUGCUUCUUUCAUGGUGACUGCAGCUCAAACUCCCGGCUGUCUGCAGAUAUCAAAUAGAAAUCCUGUCAUGGUUGAUUUAAUGAAUAAUUUGGGGGGAUAGUAGUCUGGCUGUAAUGCAUGGUACCUUUCAGUAAUAGUGCAUAUAACAUCUGCAACAUCUAGUUAGACAGACGUGCUGAAGUCAACAAAAACAGGUCAGCUUAACAGUAAGAAAGGCGUUUUUCCUCGUCAUUGUCGUGGUUAUAAACAUUAAAAAUUGCACUGUGAUGUUGCUGCUGGUUUUUGACGCUUUUAAAGGCAUCAACAUAAAUUUCAGCUUGUUAAAAACUCCACAUAGUGCCUUUAAUAUCUAGCAGGGUCACAUUUUGACCUUGAAUUGAUGUCAGGCUGUAAAAAAUAAAUUUAAAAGCAUCACAGGAAGCAGUUUUAUGAGGUUAUUCCUUCUAUAAGAUUGAACAUAAGCCAUUUUACUUACUCUUUUGGUAAAUCUGUGGAGAAACCCUUAUUAUUGUUGUUGCUCUGAUUGUCCUAAACUCUUGAAUUCAGGUUUGAUAUUUACUGAUUUCAAAUACUAAGAUGUGGAUUUUCUGUUUCCUCCCCUUCUCCUGAACACUUUUAUUUAUACCAGCAGUUUUCACCCUCUCUUCUGUCCAAAUUGGAUUCCCCGUGUACCUCCCCCAGGGGCUAUCAGCUAAUUAGCUGUUUUGACUCUGUGUUUGAGUGUGUGUGUGUGGGAGAGUGUGUGUGUGACAUAAAUAGCACCUGAUCCUGACAGGAAGCGCAGCGGGUUAAUGGCAUUACCUGGACGACAGCCAAUCAGGCUGCAGGUUUGAACUCAGUUCUCCUCUAAGCCAAUCAGAGAUCAGUGAAUGACCAGAUCAGGAAAUGGAGCGAGAAGUCCCUGAGCUCUGACUGACAGGCAGGUCGCUCUGUGAAUGUGUGGGUGUGUGGGUGUGCGUAGGUGAGUGUGUGGGUUCAUUGAGCGAAAAGCUGCCUGUGGUCGGCAGGAGGAUGUUUACUUGUUCACUCGGUAAGGUCACUCAGGUGUUUUUUCUACUUUUUUAUCGACUGUUGUUGUUUACCUGUUUGUUUAUUUUAAACCUGGGUUAUUUAUAGUUUGUUGAAGUUGGGUUUGGUUGUUUUGCUAGAAUAUAUGAUUUUUGGGGGUUUUCUUUGACCUAAAGCUUAAGAUAAUAAAUCAUUUUCUUCACAGAAACUAAAUCUGUGAGCAAACUGGUGAUUUAUUGAUAGUUUGAAGGAUUUUCUUUGUUUUUUUCUGGCUGUUUAUGACUGUAAAAUCAAUAUUUUCAUUAAAGUUAUGUGCACAAACUGUAGAAACAUUAUGGCACAAGAUGGAGUGGCUCGUUGUUGGUUAAAAUCAAAGGGAUUAAACUGUGUUACUGCCUUUAUCGCGUUCAGCAAUGUGCAGUUAUGAUGCAGGUGUGUAGCUCUUUUUCUCAAGUUUCAUCACAUACUGUUGUUGAGCUUAGAACGAGGUGUUAAAGGUGGGGUAGGCAGGAAUCCGUUAAAGAAGCAUCUUUUUUGUGGUGUAUUUACAAAAAAAGCUUUUAAUAUCAGUUAAUAGCUAUUAGUCAUUGACGACGUUUGGUAAUAUAACGAUAUCACUGUGUUUUUUUAUGUCUGUGUAGUCAACAUUUAAAAAUUUUUGAGCAACCCGCUCUUUCUGACUGUAAACAAAGCCAUUCUCCACCUUUCCUGAUUGGUUGUGAGGCAGACGCUGCUCCGUUCACAAGCCCAAACAAAGUUAGCGUGCUACAAUAUCGGACAGUAGAACCCAACCAGAUAGUACGGAAAAUUGUCUGAAUCCUCCUUUGGCCACGACUGCCGACACAAGCAAGAAAACAAAGUAAAUACCGGAGACUCUGGUGGAAUAACAGGCGUGUAAAACGGAGGUAGACCGGACAAGAGCUAGCAUUAACGAUGGGGAAUGCUUCGGGAUCUUACAGACCCUGUAACCUUUCUGCUGGACAGGUAAACCGCUUUAACAAAGUUAGCCAAGUGUCUGUAACAGAAGUGCUUCUUGUCAAACGGACCUGCUGUAGCAUGUUGUAGCGCCAUCGCUAAACUGUUUCCCUCGGGUCCUGGACUAUGUCACUUUAUCCUAGUUGUAGAAGUCGUCCGUUGGCAUCUACAGUAGCACCAAUGCUUUUUACUUUCACCUUGACUGGGCCCCAUUUGUAAUUAUCUGAAGUAUUUAUCUGCAUUAUAUCUGAAUUUAAUUGGAACGAUACGAGCGAGCAGGAGCGUCAGUUUGUGGGCGGGGCUUGCUGGAGCAGAGAGGGAGGGGAGAGGAGGAGCUGAGGGGAAAACUGGUUCGGAGGGGUAGAGUUUACAUUCAAGAUUUCUCCUAAAAACUGGCACUAAAUUGAAGAAUCUUUCCAAUCAAGUCACCACUCUACAAGGUUUACUAACUUUAUAGUAUAUCACUGUUUUCCAUAAAUGUAUGAUUAUGAGCCAAUGAGGGGGAAAAGUGUUUUAAAAUGGCUCCAAAAAGGGCAUUAAGAUACAUCAAUUUUGCAGUUUUCUGGACCUAAAGAUUGAGCAGUAAAUACUAACUCUGACUGAAAUGGUCACCAACGUUGGGAAUGAUCUAAAAUUGUCUAUAAAGCUUCUGUUUUUGCUCCAUUUUUAUGAUCGUGUUUAACCGAACAAACUGUAACCAGGGGCAGACUGAUAAUAGCAUCUGCUGUGUGAGUGUAGAGUCUGUCUGGCUGUGUUUUAUUGUUCCUGAUAUUGAAUUAAGUAGCAGCAGAACAUGUUGUUUUUUUAGCCAUUAGCAAACAACCACCCACAGACACACACACACUCACACACGCACACACUCAGUGUUGUUUUAGGGCAGUGUCAGUCGGUGGGUUUGGAGCUGAUGGACGUGGAGCUGCAGAGGUCAGAUUCGAUGUUUCUCUUCUUUUAUUCUUACUUUAAUGUGUCCUAUAAAUGUUUUUUUUCUCUUUGUGGCGUGAAAAAAGGUAAUUCUUUUAGACUGAAAACAGCUUAGGUGUCGCUUUUGAAAAGCUACCGGACUCCAUUCACAAAAACGCCGCUUUCAAUGAGCAGGACAUUGGAUCUGCUGGUCUACUACUACCUUUAUUAGUUAGUCUGAAGUGAACUCUUUUCGAAUACUAAAGUUGGUAAAAGAGGUAAAUUAGCAACUCCUGCAUUACUCGUAGUGAAAAUGACUAUUUUUGUCAGUGGAGUCUGGUGGCUUUGAGGAGAGAGAUUCAGGAAGAGAAGAGUUGACCAAUCAGGUAUCAGCAGGCUCUGGAGAGCAAAAGCAGGCAGAAUACGAUCCAGCAUAUUUACAUCUUAGCUCUCAUAGUUGGUGAACUCCCUAUAAACAGAAAUCUACAUGAAGGUUAGCUAACAAUCUGCUCUAGAUCAAACACUGAUACGGAGUCACUGGAGACAAUUAGUGUUGUGUUGUUCGCGAACGAUUCGUUCAAAAGAACCAAAUCUUUUAAGUGAAUGUACUGAACCGAAUCACUUCCUCAAGUGAUUUGUUCGUUUCUCACUUCAGUUGAGCUGUCAGCAGUGCAGCUGCCGUAGCACGCAGCAUUAAGGGCGAGCAGCCAACGAGCGAGGGAUUGCACACUCUGACACCUGAAUCUAGUGAACGAAUCACGCAGUGAACUACACUCUGGAGAAUCAUUUUCGUCUGCAGUAUACACUUUAACUUGUUGUUCCCCAUUAUUUUAAUAGCAGUAAUGAGAGGAGAGCUGUAGCAAGCUCUCAAUUGGAGCGACAGAGGGAGAUAGGGAUGUGUUGUGUUCAAGUGUACCUCAGAGAAAGCUAACUUUUUUUUAACUCUGCUAAAUUGCCAUCACAACAGCAUACAGUAGGACACAGCAUGGAACAAGUAUUGUGAGAAAUGCGUGACUGUUUGAUCCUUUCAUAGCGGAGAUUUGCGAGGGAACGGUGCGUGUUCAGUGUGAAUCCUUCACUGAAUGUACUGUGGAUCACUCACUGAGCCCACUUUCUCAAGUAGACCAGAUAUGUAGCAUACCAUAGGACGGUACACUUAAGACCUCAUGAUUCAUAGACAAGUUCAUUUUUGUCAAAGCAACACAGCCACAACACUCUCGUCUCCUGGUCCCAGGAGCCGUGAACUGAACUGAAACCUGAAGCGUUCAGCCAUGUAUCAGUUCAAGAAGUCAGAGUCGCAGACCUCUCCCGACAAGCGCUGAAUGAUUCGGUGAUUUGGUGAACGAAUCCUUUGAACAAAUCUUUUUAGUGAACUGAUUCUAGUGAUUCAGUACAUCUAGAACUGCCGUGCCCAUCACUAAAGACAAUCAGGGUCAAGAUUUCCUGACUCCCCUGAAUGCAUCAGAAAUGAUGGAUCUGACCUCCAAUCAACAAAUUCUGAAAGUUGUUUUCCUCUUCUCUUGAGGACAGACCUGACAAAGCGUGACUUUUUACUGAUCUGCAUCAUGUUUUAAAUAAGCCUCAGUGUAACCUACUAUUUACAGUGAAACUCAGACUAACCACAAACAGACAAACAGGCACUUCUUUCGAGGGAUGUACUGAACCAAAAGUUGGCGUUGGCACUUUUGUGUGUUUAAUUCACGUUUUCAUUGUACUCUUCUCCUUCCUCUUUCUUGUUUAGUAUCUCCUCAUGCAGCCUCAGCGCCUGUUGUCUGUUGUUGAAUCUUUGUUGCUCUGACAUGAGAUAAAUAUUUGAAGAGGAUGCAGACUAAAAAUGUCAGAAAUAUAAAUGAGGUUUUGACUGAAGAGAGACUGGGAAAGGUGUGGAUCCUCUUUAGUGCAAAGAGGGCUUUCCUUUGUCUGCGUGUCUAAGAAGACAAUCCAAUCAUCAAAAUGUGUGUGUGUGUGUGUGUGUGUGUGUGUGUUUGUGUGUGUGUGUUUUGAAGCCCCCAGGGUCAGCUCUCCUGCUGCGUUUCCUGUUGUUUUCUCUCCACACAGGCUCUGAUUGCGGUAAAAUCCUGGAUGAGUCAUUAGUGCGAGUCUCACCUGCCUCAUAUCGCUGCUGCUGAAAGCCGAGAGACUGCAGGGAGAACCAGAGGAGUCACACACGAGACGGGGGGGGAGGGAGGGGGAGUCGGGAUGGAUGGGAGCACAGAGAGAGAUAAAAUAACAGCAGGAGACGCAGAGAUGAUGAUAUGAUUCGAUCUGUUUGGAGACGAGGCUGCAGAACAAAGAAAACAGCAGAUGAACGUGGAGACGUACUCCUGAUUUAGAGACCGAGUAAAAGCAGGACAGAUUCAACAUUAGGACUCCUUUAAGUUUAAAUUUUAAACUGUGAGGCCAACGUUAAAAAUGAUUUAUUUCAUACAGUUUUGGUUGGCUCGAUGUUCAAGGUGACUGACUGUAAAUUUUUUUACUCUGGGCCAUAAAAAAAAUCAGAGGAUUUCAGGUUUUCUACUGCUUAUCACUAGGGUUGGGUAUUGUUUGAUUUUGAAUGAUUCCGGUUCCGAUUCCAAUUCCUCGUUUCAAUUCUUUAUUCCGAUUCUUUUAAAAGGCAGGAUAUUAAAUAAAAAAUGCAUGGUUUAAAUAAGGAUGCUAACCAGAGUUCUUCUUUUUGGAUGAAAUUUCUGAACUUCUCCAUGAAUUUUAAAAUUAUAUAGUUAAAAGUUAGCCAAACUUUUGACCACAGCAGCUGUGGGUUGCAAUACACUCUCUCUCUCUCUCUGUCACUCUUCUCUCUCUGUGUGGCGUCGUCUCAUAUGGUUUGUCCUCGUUGGUGUUCGGCGGCUUUUUCUUCUGGUCGGCAGACUCCGGCAGCAAAACUUGAAAUCGAAGUUUUCAGUUUAAAAUUUGAACGGUUCAGAGAGAAUUGGAAUGUUAGUCCUGGUUCCCAUCGAUACUCGAGACUUGUUGCCCAGCUCGACUUAUCACAGACUGCAGGUCGAACAAAUUAUUCAGUUUUUCCAAGCUUUUAUAAAACUUACAAAACUUACUACAAACCCGCUUCAGUCUCUCUUGUCGUUGUCACUCUGUCCCUCGGCUUUUCAGACAUACAGGUAGACUCACCCGCCUCCUCCUCCUCCUGCUCUUCUCUCUGCUCUCCUCUCCCCACCUGUGGCUGCCUAACAGUCUGUACUCUUAGCAGAGCAGGACCUUCCCUGUGCUCUUAAACUUUGUUGAUCCGAGCUGCUUAUGAUGAAGUAAGAGUGAGAGCUAUUUUGAGGGCGGAGCCACGCCCACGCUCUCCUCUUAAGAUAAAUUUGGUUUCAGACUGAGAAUUUAAAGGUGAUGAAACCUCCACCACUGUGUUCACAUUGUUGUGUCUAUUUUAUUAAAAACUGUGAAAAUCCUGACUCUUGUUUAUCUCUCUUUUCUCUCUCAGUACUUAGCUGUGGAUGUGCGGAGGUUGAACGUCAGUCUUCUUCGCUGGUUUCGAGAAGGUGUAGCUGCAGCGCUCGGCGUCCCUGCAGGACACGUGCACAUCAACCGCCUCAAUGUAAGCGACACACACACUUUACUCCGUCAUAUCUACUCACUCAGUCCUUCACUCACCGCCUGGUUUGUUGACUGAUUAUUGCCGUCUUUAACAGGAGAAGAAGAACGGCAUCGAGCUCUUCGUGUCCUCUGGUAGGCUGGGCGCCUCAGAGCCCCGCCCAGCUGAAGAAGUCAUCCAAUCACUGAACGUCAGAGUCCUCCACAGACACCUGGGACACUUCGGCAUCACAGAGGUCUCCACUGAGGUGAGUGUGUUUUAAACCAGCUGCUGCGCCGUCUCCUAGGUAACCACGGCUCGUUAAGCGGCCUCGUUAGUCCCCGUGGAGACAGACGGGAGGAUGGAUUGGGAUUAUUAGAGAGCAGAGCGCUGCCGCUGAAAGUUUAAUGGAAGAAUUAAAGUCCCAUCGCUCAGCCGGAGGAAGAAGAGAGCGGCUCCAUGGAUCAGAUUAAUAUUAUUACUGUGAGCGAUGUGACGGCUCCUCCGAGAUAAUAACAUCACUAAAAACAGUCAGAAACUCCCCGAGAGGAGCAAACCGAACAAAGACAGGACGCUCCGUCUGAUUUAACGCGAUACUCUGCUCAAAAUCUGCUUUUCUGGUUUCGAAUCACCAAAUCUGUGAGGUGCUUUUCCUUCACUGUGAGCUGUUUUUAGCAGGUUUAGAUAAAGUGGUUGUCCGUAAACUCCUUCAGGAGACAUAUUGUAAUUUUGAUAUUUCAAGUUUCACCCUCCUGAAUUAAGAACUUUGUUUAUUUAAACAGUUGUGCACGUUGUCUUCGGAAUUUGUGUUUUUUCUUUGAAUUUUGGCGCUGUAAAUGCAUGUAAAUUUAUAAAAUGCUGUAAAAAUUGGUGUUCUAGUGACCGUCAUUCAUACUAUAAUUAUGUCACAUCAGACUCUCUAUCUGAAAGGUUUAUGGAUGUGUCUCUGUGUUUUUUGUGCAGAAGAACGUGCUGCAGGGUGAGCAGAGGGAUCACGUGUGGAGCCGGGAGGGUUUCUACGCUGUCGUCCUCUUCUUCACCGUCUUCAUCAUCGUCAUCACCUGCUUAAUGGUAACACACUGACACAUGAAACCUCGAGUUUCAUGAGUGAUUUUGAGUGAUUUAAUUUAGUUUAAGUCAGUUUAAUACAUUUCUUUCUAUUCUAUUUGAUCACAUCUAUCAUUACUGUUAUAUCAGCUCUUUUCUAUCACAAUCUAUUCUACUUAGUGUAUCUUUUUCAUUCUACUCUAUUCUAUAUUAGAUGUAUAUUUGGGGGGUAUUCAAAGUUGCAAUGGAACAUUCAUCCACAAGAGGGAGCCCUUGCACAAGCAAACCUUUGCUGGUUCAGAUUAGUGUAUUUGUCUUACCAGUUUGACCCCGCUUUAAAGAUAGCGAUCACUUUGUAAAUUUUUGGUCCCAAUCCAGUAAAAAAUGUAAAAAAGCCAAAACAAAGUUUCACCAAAAUAUGCACCAAGAGUUUCAUUAUAUUUAAAUACAAAUCAUGUUUAUCUGAAGUUUCUAAUUUGCAGGUUUUAUACCGACUGAAGGAGAAGGUUCAGGUUUCUGAUAGACAGCUGAAAGCUCCGCCCCCUGACCUGCAUUUGACCCCAACUGUCCUUCCAGACUCUGCCCAGAGGUCAAAGGGCACCAAAGUAAGCAACAAGUGAUCUAGACAUGAAAAAUUAAGAGCUAUGACUAAUAAUAGCUGAAUCACCUGGUUAGUGUUUGAAUGAACUGUUGUCUGUUUAAUUAGGUUUAAUUAGUUUGGGUAAAUUUAAAGGAAAUUCAGGGAAUCCAAAUAAAAGCGAAAAACAAGCAUACGAAUAAAUGAUCAGGAUGGUUAUUAAUCCCUUUAAUUUGCAGGUUUUGACGUCAGGAAGCAUGGUCCAGGCUGAGCUCCCACCAACUGUAGCCACACCCAUUCCCCUGCAGCAGCCAAUCAUAGCCUGCCGCCGACUCGCUCCACCUGUUGUCCCUCUGCCAAGGUACAUCAACUAACAUAACCAAAAUACAAAUGAUUUUAUGAGACACAGGUGGAUGGAGUAAACCAUAAAUGUUUGUAUUUCUCCUUUUAGCCCCGCCCCUGUACCUGUCUUCAGCAGCAACGACCAGGCCCCACUUGUCGGCGUUGCCCCGGUUGCAGCCAGUAACGAGCUUAAGCCUUGCCCCUCCCCUUUCAGGAUGAAACCUGCAGCAGGACUACAAGAAAGGUAACCCACCUUUACUGAGACCCUCCUCUUUUAAAAGCACGCCCUCUUGACUCUACAGAGACUUCAUUUUAGAGACAACUCUACAGUGGCCCUGAAGGUUGAUUUUACAAAUGUUUCAAUAACAAGAAGAACAUUUCAGUUAGCACCAAAAAAAAAAUAAAAAAAUCACGAAACACCAAAAAGGAAUUCAUAAAAUUCCAAAAUCUGUUACAUAAUUUUAUAAAAUCAAAGAAAAUUGAAUUUUAAAAGCCACAGAUUAGAUUUCCUAAAAAUAUUUUUGUUAUCUUGAACAUUUUUUACAAAAAUUUAAAUAUUUGAGGUCUUAUUUUUUGUGUCUUUUAAACAGUUUUUUGUUAUGAAUUGAUUUUGUUCUGUAUGUUUUUAAAUAUUUUGAGGUUUCAUGAAAUAAUUUUGCAUUUUAUCAUGGUUUUGAUUAUUGGGAUAUUUUUCAGUUUUGUUAAAUGUUUUGUUUUUAUAGUUUUUUUUUAUAUGCAUGAGAUAUUUUUAUAUUUUAUAAUUUUCUUUGAUUUCCCAAUGUUUUGUUAGUGUUUACAGAAACAUUUUGCAUCUCUUGUGUUGUUUUUACAUGAAAUAUUUUUGCAUUAGAUGCAAUGGUUUUAUGUUUCAUGACACACUAUUGCUUUUCAUUUAAAUAUUUAAUCUUUUUUUAAAAAUUUCCGAGGGUUUUAUAAAAUAUUUUUGAGUUUAGUAAUCUCUUUUUGUAUUUGGUGAAACAUUUAUGUAUUAUUUACACAGUUGACCUUUAGGACCAAUGUCUAACUUUUUGAUAUUUUCUGUUUUCUUUUUGAGUCACCACCACAAAGGAAGGAUAUUUUUACACUGUGUUCAGAAAAAGAAAAAAAAAAGACUCUGGACGCGUGAAGAAGUCACACAGUUAUAAAUAUCACAAUUGAAACUUUAAAAAAAUUUAAUUAAGUUUGGAUGUUAGCUGACCUGACGGGCACCCUCAUUAUCUAACAUGUCUGAGAACAGUAAAACACAAUGUGUGUGUGUGUUUAUGUGUGUGUGUGUUUUGAGUACAGUCACCUUUAACCUGCGAUUGUUGGCGGAGUCAGGUGUUGAACUGCCUACGUGCCGAUGAAGACGCUUUAAACUGUGAUGUGUGUAUUUUUGUGUCCUCUGCACUCUGGGAUUACAUUCAGAUAUCCAGAUAGUGAAGUAAGUUUCCUCUGUAAACAAUGUAUAGACAGACUAUAUAGGUGACCCGACAGUGGUGUUUAUAGGGAGGCGUCCUUUUGAACAUUUCCUCUGUAAUGUUUUUCUUCAUGUCAGGAAAUUGUGCAUUAGGCCCCCUAAGAUUGCCUUUAAACUGAAAGAUAAAGGAUCCGUCCCAUGUUACUUUUUAGCCCAUUUCCUACAAUUCUUAUAAUCUUAACAUUGUUGCUGACAGGUUUACAAGGAGUGACCUCUUUACUUUGUUGCCCCCCUUCAUUUUGUGGCUUCCCUGAGCUUUGGUGUGCCCCAAGGCUCCUUCUUUGGUCCUCCUCUUUUUCAUUCAAACCUGGUCAUUUUAACAUUUUGAUUUAAUGCAUUUGGUUGUUUAAAAAUUUAAGGAAGUAUCUAAAGAAGUGAUUGGAGAACACUUUUCCUCUGAGUUGUUCUUCAAGUAGAAAAAACACAUGAUGUUCCAUUUCUAAGAAAAUGUGAUGGCAUUUCCUCAAAGCUAUUUUUACAGUAGGAAAAUGAGACAGGUGAAAACUCUCAAGGAAGCUUUUCCAGUGGAGAAAACAUGAGAAAAAGACCCAAAGAGUGCACUUCUAGGAAAAAGAGACAAGUAAAACCUCUCAAGGAAGCGUUUCCAGUGGGGAAAACACAGGAAAAUGACUCAAAGAGUGCACUUCUUGUGGAGAAAUUGUGGUAAAUGCCCUCCAGGGUUAAUGAGACAUGAAAAAAACACAUUUGUGGUACCUUUUUAGUUGGAGAAAAUUGACAACAUGCCCUUUACAUUGCUCCUCUAGCAGAGAAAUGUGAUUCAGUGAAAUUUGGGGUGACCUGUUAGUAAGAAAACUUGGAUUAGAUGUAUUACUAGAAGAGAAAAUUGACAGUGUCCCCCAUGUUAGUGGAGAAAACAUGAGAAAAAGACCCAAAGAGUGCAAUUUGAGUGUAGAAAUUGUGGCAAAAAAGCCCUCUUCUAGCAAAGAAAUAUGAUUCAGCAGGACUCGGGGUGACCUGUUAGUGAGAAAACAAGACCAGGGCCCCAUUAGAUGUAUUUCUAGAAGAGAAAAUUGACAGUGUCCCCCAUGUGAGUGGAGAAAACAUGAUUAAAAAAACGUUGACACACCUUCCUAAAUGAGAAAGUUGACACCAUUCCUCAUGAGGUGCCCUUUUAGUAGAAAAAGUGUUGUGCAGGGGACUCAGUGGUGGAGAAAAUAUAGCAUAGAGUCUGUCCAGUGGAGAAAAUAUGACAACCUGUCUCUUUAGAGAGGAGAACAUGAUGAAAUGCUUUCAUGGGUGUUGUUUAGGUGGAGAAAACAUGUUUGGAAGUUUCUAAGAUGCCAUCUAGAGUAUAGAACAUUAUAGUUACCUGUGUUGGGUGUCGGAGUGGAGAAAACAUGAUCAAGUCAAGGUGAUGCAUUGCCAAAUGGGCUGCCCCACAUGCUGGGAAAGCACUUGGACAUGUUCCACCUUAAACUGAUUUCACCUUCCUGCAAACUGGAGCCCAACCACAAACAGUUUGUUCUUUUUUAAAGCCCACAGAUCUGAAGCCACUUUUACUUUUAAGGUUUUUGAGUAUGAGGUAUGGGCGUGAGAAUCCUGGAUUUUUCUCGUUAUGCAAGUCGGCCCUCAUUUUUCUCGGGUGUCACCUCAGAGGAACGAGCCAACUGUGUUUCUGUGCAGCGAUUGUUUCUCUAAGAGCUCUUUUAACAUUUGGCCGUUGUUCUUUUCCCUCUUAAGAAGUGUCGUAACCAUAAAAAAAACAUUUUUAUCUUCUUCUCAGCUCUGCGUCGAGCACUUUGGCCUUUAUCUGCUCCUCAUAACUCUUCCGCUGACUCAAAGUGCGUCCGCAGAUUUGAACCUUGUAGGCCAUUUUGUUCUGGUUACAUCAGCGUUUAGCGCGAGGGUGUUACCGUGAGGGGGACUCUGUGUUUCUUCAGGUAAGACAGGGAAAGAAGAUUUCAACCUCAGAAUGAGAACAGGAUGUUUUCCUUGGUGUCUGUGUCUCUUUGUGUGUAUGUGUGUGUGUGUGUGACCUGCUCUGGAAAGCAGCCAAUCAGCAAUCAGACGAGUAGGAAGUAGCAGCAUCCUGGAGAGGAAGCCGGCCGACACGUAGCCAGACAAAGAGAGUGCACCCACCCAGAGCCCAUCAAAGCACACCUUGUCUUUUCAUUUUGUUCAUGAUCUUCUUCUCUUAUGAAAACAACCUCUCUUUUUCUCAAAUGAUACGCCCCGAGGUUUUGUUGGGAAAAAAACUGACAGUAUUUACAGAAAAAUUCCAACACAUGAUAAAUAAAGAGAAGGAGAAAACCUCUCUAGCCUGUCUAUUUCAAACCUCUUCUUUUUCCUCCCUCUCUUCCCUCAGACGGGGCUCAAACGUCUCUCUGGUGUUGGAUAUGUCGGCUCUGGGCUCUGUGGAGCCCCUGAAUGUGUCCGUGGUCACCCCGAGAGAAGCAGCAGCCAGAGAGUAUCUGCUGUCAGCCGGUCGGCCGCUGACACGACAGCAGCUCCGAGAUAUUGUCAACAACACGCACAAACUGCACGCAGAGUUUGCUGUAAGUGGAGAAACGUCGACUCAAUAUUGCAAAGCUGAAGAACCGACUCUCAGCGUCCAGUUUUCUGCAUACAUGUUCUUUUUGGCAAAAACAAGCAUGUUCACAGUUCUGGUUGAGAUGAAUAUGUGAGACACUGGAUAGCGUACUUUAAUAGGUUCAUAUUUGCUUUUAGACUUUUCUGAUUCUUAUUCUGGCGUAAAUAAUUUAGGGGCAAACACACGUAACGACACCCCCUUGAGAGAUGAAUGUCGCAGACCGCUUGCUUUUCUAGUUAUUCCAACUUUAGUAACGACUGCAGGAUAGUAAUACACAGCAGUUUAAGGAGCCAUAAACAAACCUCAACCAAAACGCCACUCUAUAGACACAAAUAAUGCUCAGAACAGCACCUAACUUCAUCAACAGGAUAUAUAGGGUCCCAGCGACAGCACUAACCACCUAACAUCUUUUUAGCUUUGCCUAGUUUCUUAAGCAAAGAGACUAAACACAACUCACCUACUCUCUUCCAGCAGCCGCUUGUUUGUAGUGAGUCUUCGGACCAGUCCAUUACGGACUACAGUGGGGGGGACGCAGCUCAAGGAAGAACAUUUGUGAUCAUUUCUUCAGGAAAAUGCAAUCAGACUGAGAUGCUAAGGCAGAAGAACUACCGUGUCUGCAGUACAAAAUGAUUAUUGUGGUGAUUAUUACUUCAAGGAAAUGAUAAAGAAAUGAUCAUAAUCAGGCAAAGUUAAAAAGAUGUUUGGUGGCUAGUGCCUUAGCAAAGUUAAGUUAUGGAUGAUUGUGAACUUCCUAAACCUUAAUGAGUCUAUGCUUUUUCCAGCUCCGUCUUUUAGCAAAGACUAAAAAUUAUUUCUUAAAGGCUGAUCUUGAGAAAACUAUUCAUGCCUAUAUAACUUCACAUAUAUACUAUUUCAACUCCUUAUAUGCAGGCUUGGACAAGUCAUCCAUCAACCACCUUCAGCUCAAUCAAAACGCUGCUGCUCGACUCCUCUCUGGCAAGAAAAAGCGCGACCACAUGAGUCCUAUUUUAGUGACCCUUCACUGGCUCCUAGUCCGCUUCCACAUUGAUAUUAAAAUUCUUUUAAUCGUUCUUAAGGGGGUGUCUAACUUAGUGUUACAGUUUGUUUGACCAUAACUUAAUUUUAUAUCCCUUUAACGUCUCUUUUUGUCUCGCAGGAAAUCCCAAUGAAUUUCAUCGACCCCAAAGAGUUGGACAUUCCAAACCACGGGACCAAGAACAGAUACAAGACCAUACUGCCCAGUGAGUGAUGAGUGUGUGUGUGUGUGUGUGUGUGUGUGUGUCUGUGUGUGUUAAGAGUUAUCUUAGUGUUGCUAAGAGACAGUAACAGCACCAGAGCGCCCAUCUCUUAUUUUAACCAGGAAGUUGUUUUAUUAUGUGGGUGGAGCCUGAGGUCGAAGGCCAACAACGCCAAGGACAGCUAAUAUCGCACCUCCCUCUUUCCUGGCUGCACAUGCACUCCGCACAAACACAUGAACACACACACACACACACAGUUUGGAACAAUACAUGUUCCUUAGCACAGUUUGUUCUCACACGGCUCUCAGCCUGAUUAAGACGUUAUGUAACUUAGACACACACAAUGAUGAUGGAUUUUGGUGUGUGCGCUCAUAUUUUGGAGAGGGGGAGGAGUUAUCAAUACAACAGAAAGGGAGGGGGCGCUCUUUCCUUCCUUCCUUCCUUCCGGCCAAUCAAGGCUAAGGAAUGCUCACCUAGGGCUCCUGUCGAUCAAACUCCUUCCUGUGGUCCAGUUUUCUGAAGUGUUUGCAAAACUCUUUGGGGAUGUCAAGUGUACUGUCCGGUUAAAAUUCAAGUGUCAAAACUGAAGAGGGAGAGUCAAAAUUAAGUUUAAAAAAAACCCUGAAAGACAGCCGAAACCGAGUUUAGUAAAAGCCCCAAAAAGUUUGAACUAGAGUCAAGACAGAGUCUGAAGGAGGCUGAAUCUGAAUCGAAACAAAGCGUAAAACAGACUUAAACACAAGUCAAGACUGAUCAUGUAUUUAAAGGGCUUAAAAGAGCUCAAAACAAAUCAAAACAGAGUCAACAUGGGUGAGGUACUGCAACCGAAGAGACAAAACAGAGUCCCAGAGAGGAUUUAGAUCAGGACCAGACAGGGUCUCGAACAUGACUGAAAGAGGGGAUUUCAAAGUUUUAAAGGGCUCUAAAAAACAUCAAAACAGAGUUUGAUAAAGACAGAGUUAAUAAAAGUUUGAAAUCUAUCAAAACAGUGCCCAAAGGAGUCUCAACAACAGUAGAAAGUAGAAGUAGUAGAAGUAGGGCUUAAAAAACCAACAACAUGCAAAUUAGGCUAAAUUAAGAACAGUAAGAAAAUAGAGUUGGAAAAAGGCUAAAAGCCGGACAAGUGAAACCAGACUUAGGAAGACUGGUAAAAACACUAGACUAAUAUGGUCUCAAUAACGGCAUAAAUUUGUUAAAAAAAUAAUGCACAAGUUAAAAUGAAGUCCAAAAGAGGCUCAAAAACCAGUCUCGAAAAGUCUUAAAACUAACACAGCAGCAGGUCCAAAAAGGCCAAAAAAUAAAGUGUCUUAAAGUUUAAGAAGAGGCUUAAAAUGGGUUUAAAAAAGUUUUGCGACAAGUGAAAAUGUUCCAAAAGGACAGACAUUUAAAAAUGUUCAAAAGUAAAAAUAAGAUUGUAAAAAAGGCUUUAAGUCAAAGUGUAGUCUAAAAGAGGCAGAAAACAAGUCCUAAAAGAGUUUAAAACAGAAGGAUUCAAGUUUGAUAAACUACAUUGUGAAAUGUUGAUGCACAAAUAUUAAAGCCUUAUCCAAACCAUCCUUUCUUUUCUUAACCUCCUCUCCUUACUGUCUUUCCUAGACCCUCACUCCAGAGUGAUCCUGAAGUCCAAGAGCUGCAACGACCUGCUGGGCUCCUACAUCAACGCGAACUACAUACGGGUGAGUCGACUGGGAACGAAAUAGACGAUCUCAAAACGUAUCAAUACAAAGUGGAAAAACAAACUAACCAUCAAUGAGUGGACAGGCCGAAUUAUAAAACAAUCUGAUCAAAUGUGAUUGGGAGACCAUAUGAGAUGAUUUGUUUUGGUGUUAUCUAGUUUGUUGGUGUAUUUUCUUCACUGUGAAGUAUCUUCUCCCAAAACGAAAACAGGUGGUGGCAGCAGGUCAUUUAAACUUAGAUCAGGUGUCUCACUGUAAUGUCGUCACAUAUCUUCUGCCUUUGAUUAAACUUUUACUCAUUCCUGCCUUUGAAUUCUGAACAUUUUGAGAUAUUUACUAAAUAAACCUGAGAACAAACACAGACACAAUCACCUCACUCGUCUGGAAUGUCAACAGUUCAGCCGUUUUUCCUCUGGUUUCCUUAUUAACACACAAACACACACUCACAGACACGGAGUGACACAGUGGCAGUGAAAGUACACUCCUGCACAAGUGUGUAAUGUCGCUCUCAGACUCCGAUACAAUAGACUCUCUUCCUGUCGGGAAAACUGUUUAAACCGGAGAGAGCAGAAGCUUUACACUACACUACAUUAAACACUGAGAGAGUUUAAUGAAAAAAAAAGGCAUAUUUACUUUAACAGAAAAACUUCAGGAUAAAUUAGGUUACUUGCAUGACCCAAAUUACAUUUAUCACAACUUUUUUACCAAUCUUGUGAAAUGAAAUUGAGACAUGAGACGUGAGACACUUUCCUUUCAAGACAUGAAAAAUGAGCUGACAGACAAUUGAAUUUGCCUUCGGGAAUCAAUAAAGUUAUUUUUACUUUUAUUCUUAAAAGAAAAUAUCAGAGCUUUACAGACACAGCUGAGAGUUUCCAGCCCAAAAGCCAAUACGCAAAGAAAACAGAAAUCACAAACUCUGUGUAUUGUAAAAGUAUUUGGUUUGUAAUGAUGUUUCAACUACCUUAUAAUACAACAAAAAUGCUCUUUAAGUGCAAAGGUACACAAUAAACAGGGCGGAGCCAAAGGGGAGCUAUGGCCAACCCUGAUAUGUGAUUGGCUACCCUAAAAGUCUAAACCAUUAUUAGUUACUUACUAUCAAGGAUUGAUAGUGCGUACAACGCUACUGCGCAAUGUUGGUUUCAGGAUGUGGAGAGGAAACGCGGAAUUACCAAGAGCUUUUCGGCUACCAAGUUGUCCAUAAUAUAUACAUUCUAUGGUACUAAUAAUCAUGAUUAACUCACAUCAUCAUCAAAUUUGCAUUUCUGCAUUUUUUUUUGUCUUCUGUCUGGGUUGCUAUAUUUUCUGCAUAGUUACACCAUGCUUUUAUUUUGAAGGAUAAUACUUUUAUAAGAGUAAAAAAUAAAAGGUUUUUCCCAGUUUGGUCACCUCCGUUGAAUAAAAAUGUACAGUUGAAAUAUCUAAGGUUCUGUUUGUCUGACAUUGCUUUGUGAUUGGCUCUCGUCCCAGGGUUACCUUAGCGAAGACAAGGCUUUUAUCGCCACUCAGGGUCCCAUGGUGAACACGGUGAACGACUUCUGGCAGAUGGCGUGGCAGGAAGAGUCGCCCGUCAUAGUCAUGAUCACCAAACUGAAGGAGAAGAACGAGGCGAGUUUAAAAUUACCUUCAGUAAUUAAGAGAGGUGAACAUGCAAAUACAGUAAAGUGAGACACAAAGCUUGAAGUAUUUACCCGUUCACUCUGUUUCUCUCUUUAGAAGUGUGUCCUUUAUUGGCCAGAGAAGAGGGGGAUCUACGGGAAGGUGGAAGUUUUGGUGAACAGCGUCAGAGAGAGUGAACAUUACACCGCACGCAGCCUCACACUCAAGGUGCGCACACUUUCAAAAUACUUCAUCAAAUUAUCUGUGGGAUGAAGAGAAAAUGUCCUGAACUUUUUGGGUCGUAACUCCAUGUGUUGUUGUUCAGUGUGGGAAUCAAACCCGCACACUCCAGCAUUACUGGUACACAUCGUGGCCCGACCACAAAACACCCGACUCCACGAUGCCACUGCUGCAGCUGACGACCGAUGUAGAGACGGAUAGACGGGCGGCUGCUACCACAGGGCCGGUUAUCGUCCACUGCAGGUAAAAAGUCAAGAAAAUUGUCUUUUUUACAAAUAGUGACCUUUGACUAUUGAAUAACUCUUUUUCCCAUGAUCCUUGGCUCACAGUGCUGGGAUUGGUCGGACGGGCUGUUUCAUCGCCACAACGAUAGGCUGUCGGCAACUGCAGCUUGAAGGAGUGGUUGAUGUUCUGAGUAUCACCUGCCAACUCAGAGCCGACAGGUAACAUCAAAAUUGAAAAUAGUGCAAAGAGGACUUGCUGAUUUAUGUCAGCAACACGUCUCAGAAAUGGCAGAGCAGUUUUUUUGUAGAUAUUGUUCAGCAUUAAUGGAGCCUUCACAGAGGUGGAAGCUACUCAUCACAUUAACAUUUGUGAUCCCCUUACCAUCAGGGAUGCUGGGUGGUCCCUCUACUCUUAAAAGAGGAGGAUACAGCAUCCAUGAUUUUCAAAAAGAAUGCCAAAUUUGAUUAGUCUUACUGAGUCAUGAUAAUAAUCAUUUGGAAAUUAACCUCAUUAGUUUGGUGAUGUUCCUCCAGCUGUUUUUUUUUUUUUCAUUACACAACUUUACGAAAAUAAAGUCGUAAUAAAAUCUUUACUUAUAGAAUAAAGUUGUUAUAAAAUCAUUUUUUUACGAUAAUAAAGUGGUAAUAAAGUCAUAACUUACAGGAAUGAAGUCGUAACAAAAUCUUUUCUCACAGUAAUAAAGUCGUUAUAAAAUCAUUACUUAAGAGUAUAAAGUCGUAAAAAAAAUCAUUUCUUACGAGAAUAAGCUACAACUUUAUUUUUGUAAGUAAUUAUUUUAUUACGACUGAUUACUUAAUUAUGACUUUAUUCUUGUAAGUAAUUAGUUUAUUACAACUUUCCUCUCGUAAUUACUUUAUUACAGCUUUACUCUCUUAAGUAAUAAAUUUAUUCUGAUUUUAUUCUCGUUAGUAAUUAUUUUAUUAUGACUUUAUUCUCCUAAGUAAUUAGUUUUAUUAUGAUUUUAUUCUCAUUAGUAAUUACUUUAUUACAACUUUGUUCUCGUAAGUAAUUCCAAGGUCUUUUUUUUCCCCCUUAAUGUGGCUCUAAUACUCUGUUGAAAAUAUGAGCAUAUUUUAACGAAACAAACAAACAAACAAAAAAUCAGCUUCAGUAUUUGAUGUGUUGCCGUAGAAAUAUUUUCAUUUGAAUAUGGACUUAAAAGUUAUUUGUAAACCAUCAAAAUCUGUUUUUGCAAUAUUUUGAACAGGAUUUUUAACUCUCUUUCUCUCUGUCUGUGCAGAGGAGGUAUGAUCCAGACAGGGGAGCAAUACGAGUUCGUCCAUCACGCUUUGAGUCUGUAUGAGACCCGCCUCUCUGCAGAAAGCGGCCAAUGAGUGUGACCAACAAACCAAAUACGAAGUGUCGACAUUAACCGUAAAGUGUGCUGACAAAGCUCAUCCUUGGAUCUCUAAACUUUGGAAAUCCUUGUGCUCUGUGGAAAUACUUUAGAGGGGUUUUCUAGGGUUUAAUGGACAACAUGGACAACCAAUGAAGCGUGUUGUGGGCGGAGCCUGUGGAGCGAGCGAGGAAAGCUAAAUUUCUGAAAAGGGAAUGUAUCCGUUCUUCUUCUGCUGUUUUGUCUUUGUGUGGUGUUGGCGAGCGGUUCUUCAGAGAGACUCAAAGGACCCGCCCACUUAACUCCUUUUAAUCAAUGACUGUCGAGUCGUGUCGUUUGUAUCUAACCAGACUGUUGUAUUACCUCUUUUCUGUCACGCAGACGUAGAGAUAGUUUGACUGGAAUUGAUGGUACUUUGUUCAAUAACACUGUUGUGUUUCUGUGUCUUAUAGGAUUUUACAAUUAUUUUGUAACGUGGUGUUCUUAUAGAAAACCUGAAAUUCAAACAUGACUGUUAGCUGGUUUCACAUUUGGUAAGGCUGCUUUAUUAAUAAUGAACCAAACCUAGCCGAGUUCCUUUGUGACUCCAGUACUCUGCAUUUCCAACCUGAAAUUAUCCAGGAAAGACGGUAGUUUUUACAUCUUUGUCGCAAUCAUUUUUACUGUAAUUUUACAAAUAAAUCACAUUUAAAACAUCUCAAAAACAUUUCAGUCACCUGUUAGAUUGGCAUGCUUACUAGCCAGCGAAAUGAUAUCGCAAACUAAUUUUUUUUCAGUGCACAUAAGCCUACGCUACUUGCUACUUUUGCUUAAUAAGCUAACGUCAAUGCUAGCCAGAUCACAAGCUGCCAAGAACCAUCUGAUAACAAAUUAAAAGAAACUGAGUACAACUUUUUAUUUAAAAUAAUAACAAUAACAACAACAACAACAAUUAUAAUAAUAAUAAUAAUAAUCACAAUACAUUUCAUAUAAAUGGAUACAUUUCAAUAAUAAAUUUAAUUCUUUUCAUCUUUAGACAUGUUUUCAUUUUCCCACUGAAAACUUCCUUGUACUGGAGUCACAAACGGAGCUACCUCUAGCCAUAGCUCACAUGCUAAAGCUAACAAACCAAUGUACGAUGAAUAAGCUCUUGCUAAGCUCUUUAAUGUAGUACAGCAAUCUAAUAGAAGCUAAUUCUAGCUUUACUUGUUCAGUGUUGCGUACAUGUCAGUUAAUAGGCGCUAACUUAUAAUAAAGCUAAUGCUAAUACUAGCUUGCCAUACUUAUGUCAUUUUUAGCCAAAUCCAGAGCUGAUAAACUGAUAAUUGGAUCCAAACUGUUGUUAGUUUUGUUUUCAACAAGUACAGCCCCGACGCCGUUUGAGACGGAUGACAGUAGCUGUAUUGUUUGAACACCAAUAAAAGUAAUUUAUUUAUAUUUUGUUUAAGUUAUGAAGGAUAUAUAAAUCAUGUUACCACUGUCAUAUUUUACCUUUGAGAAAGAUUUACAAAUAAAAAUUAUUAAACACAUAAAAAUUUAAAAAUGAUGGAACUCAAACUAGCCCAAAAAUGGCGUAGCACUUUGUCAACGAGGUGAUGUAACUUCAAUAUCAUUGGUUGAUUGUUUUUUUAUAAUUACAAACCUUUUUAGCUGAGACUUGUUCAAAUGUGAAUCAAAUUUCUCGCUGCUUGCGCUCAGAGUUUACACUCUGUACAAAAUAUUUUUUUUCUUGCUUCGACAAUUCCCCUUUUGUCAAAACGUUGCUUUAUACCAAAAAUGUGAAAUAUUUUACGUCACAAUGGUGCAGUCAUCUCAUCGUUGAGCUGUGUAAAUUAUGUUAUCUAGUGAGUAUGUUAUAUUGGUGUAUCAAAGUAAUAAUAACUUUAUUUUUAUACAAUUUUUACAUGUUUUUUGAUGUGUUGAACUACUACUAGAUUUUUGUCAACUCGCAUGAAAACUCCCGUAUUGAAGCCUCUUAUCUCUGAAUCAUCAACUGAAUGGAGCUGGACAGGAUAAAAAAUUAUGUUUUUAUUGUUAUAUCUAAAAUUGAAGUUUACAAAACUCGACUCCUAACAAUUGGGGCCCCAUUUUUCUAAUAAUGGAUCAUUUGAAAGGAAUAAAAUGAAAAAUAUCAGUAAUGCAAAGUUGAUUUUUUUGUGAACAACAAAGGAGUAUAAGGGCACCAUAAAACUAAACAAAAAAAAAUUAUUGAUUGUAGUUGUGAUGAUACAAGAAUUAAGUCUAUUUCAAGAAUAACACAAUGAGAUGAAAGAGCCAAGUUGUCAAACUACAAGAAUAAGUAUUUGUAUCACGAGAAACAGCCGAAACAGAAUAAAGUUAUAACUUUACAAGAACGAGGUUGUGAUAUUAUGGAUUUUAGCUACUAUUAUUUUUGUUAGAGGAGUUGUAAAAUUACAAAUAUUUAUAGUAUAAGCAGAAUGAUGCCGUAGAUAACCCUGAACUCCUUAUCUCAUAUCUUAAACCUGGAUUCUUUAUUUGAUAAAGGUUGUAAUUUUACAAGGACCAAGUUUUAAUAUUACAAGUGUUCGUCAGACUAAGUUGAAAUAUAAAAUAUGAACUGAAUGACAACUCUCAUAAAAAUACGACUUUAUUCUUAUUUUUUACCUCAUUUUUAUAUGAAUUUAUGUCUGAAUUUAUUUGUAUUAUUGUAACUUCAGUUUGUCAGUAGUGAAAUUUAGCUUCUGCUGUAUUACGACUUGUAAUUUUAAGACCUUAUCAGGACAUUAUUCUCUAAAUUUACAAUUUUUUAUUGUUGUUAUGUGGCCUUUAUACUUUUCCUUGUAAACAAAACACACAGACGUGUCCUAAAAUCUCCCGAAAUGAAACCAAAGUGUGAAUAUUAACAGGAGUUUUGUCAGUUCCUGGUUUGUUGCCUGGUUUCAGAGAUCUGAUGUCUCUACAUUGAUGCCAGUAAUGAAGAACAUACAUCUUUUCUGCUCUGUAUGAACGAGAGAACAUUGUGCAGUAAAUGUCAAAGUGCUUUUACACAACACGUGGGCAGUAACAUUUUAAAUCAUGGACCUCAAACUCGGAGCUCUUGCUGCUAAAAACAGGAACGUUGGGACUGAACUAUAAACGAGAGAAACUUUGAAGACUCUUCUUUUUCUAUGUACCAAAUUAUUUUUUAUUUACUCCUCUUCUUGUGAUACAAUAGAAGGACGUCUCUCUGUGUCCGACAUGCCUCCUGGGACAACAUCAACCUGAUCUACACCCGAUUACUCACUCAAAGUAGUUAAAAAUGCGACAAAAUAAAGUGUGACAGAGACUUAAUUUCCAGUUUGGACUGACUGAAGUGAACGUGUGUUCAUCUCCGCCUCCAAACCCUCUGCAGCAGCGGGUACAACGACACACACUGCCUCUGACGUAGUAUUGUGUCUGUACAGUGGGUGGUGGUUCAUGUCCUGUACUUUAUUGUUGUUGACAGCUGAUGGAGGUUAAAGGGACGCUACACAUUUCAACUUUGUAAAACUCCUGAUAUUUUAGCGCAACUUAAGAAAUUUUAACAUGCAUCUCUAUUUUUGAGUUUUUAGAGAUAAACAGAAGCAGAAUGGAUGCCGGUCGACUCAGCCCAAUAAAUGAGAAACUGCUGGGAAAGCCGGCAUCCAAGCUCGGCUACGGUUUUCUGCAGACAGGUCCAACUCUAUUAUGUGAUUUAGCUAAUAUUGAGAGACUCUGGCCCAAGCACUUAUCUCUGUUUAAGUGUCAUUAAGAUUAUAUGAUAUUUAUUUGGCUAGGUUGAAGCUGCAUAUGAAAUCAAACUUCUGAGAUCAACAAAUACCCCAAAACUGAAACAAACAACUUAAAAUGAUCUCAACUUCCCUCAUAAUUAGUGCCAAAAUACAAUUUUCCCCCCAUGGUAUAACCUUCAAAUUUUCUUUUAAGGACAAUAAAACUUUGGCUUUUAGAGUUGCACCCCUUUUAAAUUCCUCCUUUAGUCUAUGUGAUCAAUUUGAAGCUCAAAUCAAUAAAACUGGAUAUAGAAAUGUUGGCGUCCCUUUAAACCUCUGCUGUUUGGGCUUCACAGCUCAUCCAGAGUACACCUGAUGCUAAUAAGUGUACGUGGUUUUUAUCUGUAUUACUAAUCAACUUGAAUGUUGUAAUAGUCCAGAACAUUAGCCACUGAGUAGUCCUAUAACCUCUUUAUCUACUCUAUAUGGACAGAUAUACUGUUAUCUAUAAUCUGUACAUAAACACGAGACGUAAAACAAACUCUGA